CUCUUAUUGAAGGAAAAUAAAAUGACAAAAAGGAUUAGAUAGAUUAGUUGCCAUUUGCCAACUACUUGUCAUAUUAGGGUUUGGCUUUCCCUUCUUCUUCUUCUUCCUCAGCAUCGCAUGCCCUCUCUCUUCCUGAACAAAGGGAAGGUGGUCGGAAAAACCUAACAAUGGAGGAAGGUGAGGGCGGAGAUCCCAUGGAUCAGUUCCACCGUAACGAAGCUAUAUCCGCCGUUGCCGACGACGGGUUUUUGGCUGAGGAGGACGAUGAUUACGAGGACCUUUACAACGAUGUCAACGUUGGUGAGGGGUUUCUCCAGUCGUUGCGGAAGAACGAGGAUUUGGGGCCUAAGAAUGAUGGAGGUGAUGAUAAGAAGCCGCAGUCGGGUCCGGUGAUGCAAGAUCCAGGUGGGGUUUCGAUUCCUGGUGUCGGUGGGGAGGGUCCGGGUAACGGUGCUGGAGGUGGUGAAUCGAGGGUUCCUCCUGGGAGAGUUGAUGGGUUUCAGAAUCAGGGGUUUAGAGGGAAUAAUGGUGGAUCGGGUUCGGCGGCGAUGGGGGGUGGAGGUGGUAUGAGGAUUGAAUUAGGGCAACAGUCUGGGAAAUUGAGUGAGAUUGAGGAGCAGGGUGGUGGAAAUGAUGGUGUUGGAGUGCAGGGUAUAGGGCAGCAACCGAUUGGUGGUGGAAAUGAGGGUUUGGUGAGACAAGUUCAAGGUGUUGGUGGAGGAGGAGGAGGAAACCUCAACAGGGCUGGUGGAAAUGGGGUUGGGAAUAGUGUGAGUGGUGUUAAUACUGGAGGAGUUGGAGUUGGAGUUGGAGUUGGAGUUGGAGUUGGGAUUGGAGCUGGAGUUGGAAUUGGAGCUGGAGUUGGGGGUGGAGGUGGAGCUGGUAUGGCUGGUGGGGGGGGUGGUGGUGGUGGUACUAUACUAUUUGUGGGUGAUUUGCACUGGUGGACUACUGAUGCUGAGCUGGAAGCUGAGCUUUGUAAGUAUGGGCAAGUAAAGGAGGUGAAGUUUUAUGAUGAGAAAGCCAGUGGGAAAUCCAAAGGGUAUUGCCAGGUUGAGUUCUUUGAAGCUUAUGCUGCAACUGCGUGCAAGGAUGGAAUGAAUGGGCAUGAGUUUAAUGGGAGGGCUUGUGUUGUUGCUUUUGCAUCACCUUUUACUGUUAAGAAAAUGGGAGAGGCUCAGUUAAGUAGGAAUCAACAGAUGAACCCAACUACAGCUACCCCAGGAAGGAGGGGGCCGACUGAUACGGCGGCUAAGCCAGGUGGUAGUAAUAUUGGCACUGGUGGUAACUAUCAAGGUGGAGAUGGCAAUAGAGGUUAUGGAAGAGGUAACUGGGGCAGAGGGAAUAAUCCUGGUAUGGGGAAUAGAGGGCAUGUUAAUCAAAUGAGGAAUAGGGGCGGUGGGAUGGGUGGUAGAGGUAUAAUGGGUAAUGGUGGAAAUGGAUUUGGACAGGGUAUGGGUGCUACUCCGCCUCUGUUGCCUCCACAGUCAAUGAUGAAUCAGGGUUUUGAUCCUGCAUUUGGUGGGCCAAUGGGUAGAAUGGGCAGCUAUGGAGGCUUUCCUGGUGCUCCUGCACCUCCAUUCUCUGGGAUUUUACCUUCAUUCCCAGGUGUUGGUUUGCCUGGAGUAGCACCUCAUGUUAAUCCAGCCUUUUUUGGUAGAGGUAUGCAUAUGAAUGGUAUGGGGAUGAUGCCCACAUCAGGUAUGGAUGGUCCUAAUAUGGGAAUGUGGUCAGAUCCAAAUAUGGGUGGAUGGGGUGGUGAAGAGCCUGGUGGUGGCAGGGCUGGAGAGUCAAGUUAUGGGGAGGAAGCUGCAUCAGACCAUCAGUAUGGUGAGGUGAAUCAUGAUAGAGCUGGUUGGCCUAAUGCUGCAAGGGAUAAAGAUAGAGGAUCCGAAAGGGACUGGUCUGGUUCUUCUGAGCGAAGGUACCGGGAUGAUAGAGAUCAAGGGUAUGAGAGAGAUGCACCAAGAGAAAAAGAGAUGGGGCACGACCAGGAAUGGUCGGAACGAAGGCAUCGUGAUGAUAGAGAAAUUGGCCGGGAACGAUCUAGGGACCGGGACCGUGAACGAUCUCGAGACCGUGACCGUGAAAGGUCUCGUGAUCGUGAGAGAGACAAGUACAGGGAAGAUAGGGAAAGAUAUGCAGAUCAUCAUCAUAGGCACAGAGAUCGAGAAGGAGACCAUGAUGAUGAGUGGGAACGGGGACGUUCAUCUAGGACUCACAGCAAAUCUCGAUUAUCGCAGGAGGAAGAACACCAUUCUAGGCCAAAAGAUGCUGAUUAUGGGAAGAGGAGGCGGCUUACCUCUGAGUAACUCUUCCAUUUUGGAAGGAAAGAAUAGUAUAUGAAAAAUAAGGAUUUGUCAUGGUGGUUUCGAUUUUGUGAUUGUGCUUCUCUGAUCCAGAAGUCGUUGAGCAGCUGUUUUAUUUCAAUCACUUUGUUCUUAUUGCUUCUUGUCAGGAGUAUGGUUUUGUUCUCCUGUGAUCAAAGGGACAAUUGUUUUGAGAAAGGAAACCGUUCAUUCAGACUCUGGGUUGCUUUGGGGAUCAAGUGCCAUCAAGAUUGUAGAGCCAAGUCAUGACAAUCCUUUUUCUCUUAAAUUCAGAAGUGGAACAUUUGCUAUGAAGAUAUUCGCUUUUGAUUUGAAUUUAUAUUUUUAUUAGCUCAUGAUUAAACCGAUCUUGUUGAUGUAAUGGGUUUAACUUGCUGAUGUCUGAAAUGCAGACUGUUUAGAACUAUUGUUUGAAUGAUGUAUUAGGAUUUAGUAGAGGAUGUUGAUAUGUGCCGUUUUUUAUUGGCUCUUUGUUGUAUCAUUUUUUCCCA